AGGGAUCAAACUAUUGGGUUUUCUUUGUAAUGGUCGUCGCCACAUAGUAGUAUAUCGAAAUUCCCCGCGAUCGAUUCAGAACCAGCCCAAAAUCGAGCAGGUAUAGCAGAGCCUUUGGGGGGGAAUAAAUAAAUGGAGUGUGUGGUUCAGGGAAUCAUAGAGACUCAGCAUGUUGAGGCCCUUGAGAUUCUUCUUCAAGGUCUUUGUGGUGUUCAUAAAGAACGUUUAAGGAUCCACGAGUUGUGCCUAAAAAGUUCCCCAAAUCUUGGAGUUGUAUCUUCAGAGGUUCGACUUUUAUGCGAUCUUGAGCAGCCUGAACCUACUUGGACUGUCCGACAUGUUGGGGGUGCAAUGAGAGGUGCUGGUGCAGAACAAAUUUCAGUCCUGGUGAGGACUAUGGUGGAAAGUAAAGUAAGCAAGAAUGUGCUCCGCUUGUUUUAUACACUGGGCUACAAGUUAGAUCAUGAGCUGCUGAGAGUAGGAUUUGCCUUCCAUUUCCAAAGAGUCGCUCAAAUAACUGUUACGGUCUCUUCAGUUAAUAAGAUGCUAAAACUGCAUGCUACUGAUGAGGCUGUGCCCGUGACACCUGGCAUUCAGCUUGUUGAAGUAACCGCCCCUGCAUCAUCUGAAAACUACAGUGAAGUUGUCGCUGCCGUGUCAUCCUUCUGUGAAUACCUAGCGCCGUUGCUCCACUUGUCAAAACCUGGUAUUUCAACUGGGGUUGUCCCUACUGCUGCUGCCGCUGCUGCAUCUCUUAUGUCGGAUGGUGGAGGCACGACUUUGUAGCAGUGUUCUAAAAUAAACAACAUGGAAUACUGUAUCCGUGAUGCCAAUUAUAGGUUUUAGAUACUAUCAGGCCUGAAAUCUGCUAGCAUUGAACUUAAAGACUGCUGUAAGUCCUCCAAGUAGGCAAUUUUAUGACUUGUAUGAAGCACAGUUCUACAAACAAUUCCUUUGUGUGUGUUUUUUUUAGAUAAGUUGUUUGUACAUGUGUAGUUGAUUCCAAGUUCCAAAUUAUGGCUUGAAGCGAUUUAUUCUAACAGCAUCUGGCUUAUCUGGGCCAUAUUUUGAGGGCCUUCAAGGCAA